AUGGCUGACGCCGUCGACGAUUUGUUUGCCGUCUUUGGGGGCGAGGAUGCAUCCGCUUCCUCUUCGUCCUCCUCUUCCUUGUCUCGUUCGGGGCCGAAGUCUUCUGUGGAGUCGGAGAAUGUGAAAGUUGGGGAACAGGACGAUUCUCUCUCAGCGUCUCCAGCCGUUCAGAAAGCAGGCGCUUCUCUGCAAGUGGAGAGGAAACGACAGCGGCUGUCUGUGGAAGCAAGCAACGGAAAGGAGACAGAAUCUUCUCGCGGGGAGUCCCCAAACGAAGUCGCGUCUCCAGAUGGAGACGCCUCAGCUCUUCCAGGAAGGAAACGCCGGCGACGGGAGGCAGAUGCCCACGAAGAACCAGCUGAAAACGAAGAAAGCGAGUCUCGAGAGGAAGAUCAGAAGACGCGCUUGGUAGUGAAACUUCUUGCGUCUGACAAGAACUGCACUCACGAGGUGAUCCGGCCUGCCGACUGUGAGACAGCCUUCCACUACUACCCUUUUGAGACGACGCUUCCCGAGUAUCGAACGCAGGCGGAACCCGCUGAAAAGAAAAAGGCCGCAAACGAGGCCUCUGAGACGGAGGCGGACAACGUCAGCCCGACAGAGAAAAGCGACGAACAAGCAGCAGCCACGCAAGCCAACGAAGGCGAGAACGGGGUUAAGCGGACGCCGGCGCGACAGUAUAAAUUUCGUCUCGACGCGUUCCAGCAACGCAGUGUCCUGUGUCUGGAAGCGGGCGAAAGCGUCUUGGUGGCUGCGCAUACGUCCGCGGGAAAAACGGUUGUGGCAGAGUACGCGAUCGCCAUGAGUAUUCGGGAUAAACAACGCGUCGUGUACACCAGUCCCAUCAAAGCGUUGUCGAACCAGAAAUACCGAGACUUGUCGGAGAGUUUUGGAGCCGAGAACGUGGGGCUGAUGACGGGAGACGUGACUCUGCAUCCGAACGCGUCCAUCAUGGUCAUGACGACUGAGAUUUUGCGUUCGAUGCUCUACCGAGGUUCGCACUUGGUCAACGAGUUGAAAUGGCUUAUAUUCGACGAGAUCCACUACAUGCGCGAUCGCGAGCGCGGCGUCGUAUGGGAAGAAAGCAUCGUCCUGGUCCCCGCAACUAUGCGGUUCGUCUUCCUUUCUGCCACAAUUCCAAACGCGCGAGAAUUCGCCGAGUGGGUUGCCGCCAUCAAACACCAACCUUGCCACGUGCUGUACACGGACUAUCGGCCCACGCCGCUGCAGCACUACAUGUUCCCGGCAGGCGGCGAGGGUGUCUACCUCGUUAUGGACGAGAAAAAAGUCUUCCGAGAAGAAAACUUCCACAAAGCUGUCGCCACCCUACACAAAACCGUCGAAGAACAGGCGAUGGAAACCAAGCAAAUGCAGCGUCGAGGGCGAGCGCGAAACCGGUCGAGCAUCGAAAAGCUGGUGCUCAUGUGCCACGCGCGUCAGUACACGCCCGUCAUCAUUUUCUGUUUCUCGAAGCGAGAGUGUGAAGCGAACGCGACCGCCCUUCUCGGCGGAAACAGCGCGGGGCGCGGUUCGGGAAACGUAGACCUCACAACUGACGAGGAGAAACAACUCAUUGAAGAAAUCUUCAACAACGCCCUCGAAACCCUCGAAGAGGAAGACCGCAACCUUCCGCAGGUGAAGUCGAUUUUGCCGUUGCUGAAACGGGGCAUAGGAAUCCACCACGGAGGCCUUCUUCCGUUCGUCAAAGAAAUGAUUGAAAUUCUUUUUCAGGAGUCUCUGCUGCGGGUUCUCUUCAGCACAGAAACCUUUAGCAUGGGGGUGAACAUGCCGGCAAAAACGGUCAUUUUCACUGCAAUUCGAAAGUUCGACGGCCAGGAAUACCGCAUUGUCAACUCUGGGGAGUACAUACAGAUGGCCGGGCGUGCGGGCCGCCGUGGCCUCGAUGACAGAGGCAUUGUCAUCAUCAUGUUUGACGAACAAGUUGACCCUGAAGAGGCGAAGCAGCUGUUUAUGGGGCAAGGCGCUCCGCUCAUCUCCACCUUCCACCUAGGGUUCAACAUGCUGUUGAAUCUCUUCCGCAUCGAAGACGCAAACCCCACAUUCAUGAUCACGCGCUCCUUCGCGCACUUCCAAAGAAACAGAAAAGCGCUCCAUUUGGAGAAGGAGAAGGAAGAACUCGAAGAGGAGGUGAAGAAGGUCCGGGAAAUUCACGCCCUCGCGGACGUCGACGAGAAGGACAGACCCUCUUUCGACGUCGAGGCAGCUGUUUGCGAGUAUUACGAGCUCAAACACGAUCUUGCAGGAUUGGGAAAGGAGCUGAGAAAUCUGGCGAUGCAAGAAAGAUACAUUCUUCGCUACUUGCAAGCGGGUCGCAUCGUUAGGCUCGUGGAAGAGAACGGCACCGACUGGGGAUGGGCUACCUGCCUCAGCAAAAUCUCGAACCGCUGUGUUCCAUCCACGAACGCAGUGAUGGAAGGGCCUGCAGAACAGCUCGUCGUCGACUGUUUGGUUGCAUGCGCCCCGGAGAGCAUCCGCGACGAAGACGGCAAGGGAGUCACGGGAGCGGUGGCGUCCUCGGAGAAGCCGCGCCCUGCGAAGAAUGUGGACGGCGUCGAGAAAAAGGACUACGUUCUCGCGGUUGUUCCCUUUACGAUCUCGUCCAUUCGCAGCAUCAGCAAAUGCCGAAUGACGUUGCCCGUGGGCGUCGAUGUUCGAUCGGGAGACGCGCGUCGCUCGCUCCAUUUCCAGCUCAAGAAAGUCGAGAAACGCUUCGAGCCCGAAGGCGGCAUUCCUCUGUUGGAUCCUCUCGAAGACAUGAAGAUUCCUGAGCCCCGUCUCCCAGAACUGGUUGCAGCGAUUGCGGAGAAGGAGCGACAGUUGACGCAAAAUCCUCUGUACGAACACCCGCUGUGUGGAACGUACUACGACGCGCAUCACCGGCGCGUGCAACUCCAGACGAAGCUCCGCACUAUUCGCGAAUCGCUGGACAAUCAAAAGCAACUCGUCAUGAAAGACACUUUGCGCGCGAUGCGGCGCGUGCUGCGUCAACUGGAUUUCCUCGACGCAAACGACGUCGUGACUGUGAAGGGCCGGGUCGCGUGUGAAAUCACGACGGCCGAUGAGCUCGUAGCCGCCGAGCUGCUUUUCCAGAACGUCUUUGAAACGAUGGAAGUCGAGGCAGUCUGUGCGCUCUUGAGCUGUCUGGUGUUUCAAGAAAAACACGACGAGCCAGAGCCGAAGGAAGAAGUCCUUCUCAGUUGUUUGGAGAAGGUGAAGGAAGUCGCGAAGCACAUCGCGGGGGUGUGCGUGGAGAGUCGGUACAUUGACCCCCUGGGCGCGUCGAAAGCCGCCGAAGGGUCUGGGUCCGCGUGCACGCAAACGGUGGACGAUUACGUGAACAAAUUCCAGCACGCAAUUAUGUCGCUGACGUACCGAUGGGCAAAGGGAGAGAAGUUCGCGGAUGUCGUCAGUGGCACGUCGAUCUACGAAGGCACCGUUAUCCGCUGUCUCCGCCGACUGGAGGAGCUGAUGAGGCAGAUGGCGUGUGCCUCGAAAUCCAUCGGAAACCCAGACUUGGAGAAAAAGUUUCUGGAGGGAAUAAAGAAAAUCCGCCGGGGAAUCGUCUUUUCGUCCUCUCUCUAUUUGUAG